CGGGGCUGUGGCGGCGCUGCUCCGUGCUGCGGAGGGGAUGCGGCAGCUCCACAGCGAUGGCGACACGGGGGUGUCACCCCACAGCCACGCCGGGACCUUUCCGUGUGUCCUUUCUCUGCUCCGUGCGCUGAGAUGGCGAGCCGGGCGCUGAGUGCCCUGCGCCUCACGGCCGCCGCCUGCGCCCGCAGCAGCUCCAACCGCGCCGCCAUCGGGCACCUGCACCGGCAGCGCUACGGCCGCCGCUACCCCGUGCUGCUGGUCGGCACCGACGGCUCCACCGUCCGCCUGCGCUACCGAGAGCCCAAGAGGAUCCUCAUGAUGCCCCUGGACAGCAACACGCUGCCCGAAGCGGAGCGCAAGGCUCGUCUGCGCCGCCACUUCCCCAGCAAGCCUAAGGCCAAGCAGGAGGAAACCUUCGAGGGCAUCGACCUGGACACCUACAAGAAGUUCUGGAAGAAGUGAAGCGCUGAACCCAGAACUGUAUCAAUCUCUAAAUAAAAAUACACGAAUAAUAAAAA